UUCCCCCUCUUCUUCUUCCCGCUGUUUCCGCUUACCUCACGUCUCUCUCUCUCUCACACACAACCAAACGAUAAUCAAACCCAGCAAAAGCCCUAGAAAAUUUCCCACGUUUUUCCCCUCCCAUGGCAACGACGUCGAACUCCGGCGAAGAUCUAACCAUCUCUUACAACCACUCUCCGUUCCGCUUCCAGCUUCUUCAACCUCUUUCUCGCGAUCUUCCUCCUCCUACGAAUUGCCUCUUCCCGACCACUUCGCUGCCGUCUUCCGCCGCUCAGGCGCUGAAUCCGCCGUCUGAUCACUUCCUUGCUCAGAGUUACGAUGAAGCUUUGGGUGAUAUAAAGAAUCAUAAGAAUCAGUGUGGGAAAGGCAUAUCUGGGGAGAGCAGAGACGUUGCUACGGUAUCUGUGAAACUAGAAUAUCCUGAAGGUUUUGGUAGACAUGGCAAGAAGGCAAAGGGUUUUAAACAGUUCAAGUCUCGAAAUGGAAAAUCAAAGGCUGAAUCUUCGAGUGGCCUGAAUGCAGCUAACAAUUGCCGAUAUGACAGUUCCCUAGGUUUAUUAACGAAGAAGUUCAUCAAUUUGAUCCAGGAAGAUAAGGAUAGGACACUUGACCUUAAUUAUUGUGCUGAAGUUUUGGAGGUACAAAAGAGAAGGAUAUAUGACAUUACAAAUGUCCUUGAAGGAAUUGGAUUAAUUGAGAAAACUACGAAGAACCAUAUUCGCUGGAAAGGUUCUGACAGUUUUGCCAACCUGGGAAGUCAAAUGUCUAGGCUGAAGUCAGAAGUGGCUAGUUUGCAGUCUGAGGAAAGUCAGCUGAAUAACCAUAUAAGGGAAAGACAAGAAGCUCUUCGGGCUUUGGAGGAGGAUGAAAAUCAGCGAAGGUACCUCUUUGUGACAGAGGAAGAUAUCACGAGCCUCCCGUGCUUCCAGAACCGGAUGCUUCUGGCAGUUAAGGCUCCGAUAGCUAGUUCCAUUGAGGUUCCAGAUCCUGAUGAGGAUAUUGGUUUUCCUCAACGACAAUACAGGAUGGUGGUCAGGAGUACAAUGGGACCUAUUGAUGUGUACCUCAUAAGCAAAUACGGACAAGAACACGGAGAUGCAGCUGAUAAAUUGUCUGAUCAUUCGGAUCAGUUGUCUCACAAACAUGCCCCUUACGCAACAGCCUCUUCAGCUUUGUCAUUAGGCCUUGAUGAAAAUCAUUACAACAAUUCCCAGUCGUUCUCUUCAAGCAUAUCGGCUAUCCAGAAAAUAGUAACGUCAGAUACUGAUAUAACUGCCGACUACUGGUUCCAGUCAGAUUCCGAGGUUAGCCUCACCGACUUAUGGGGCAACAUAAGCUGAACUAAAACAGCCCCUUUGGAUUCUCUAACCAAUAAUUCACGUGCCGUUAGAGGAUGGACGUGAAACCCGAAUGACAUACAAAUUCUGGGAUGGUUUCCUGUGCAUAUAAACCCGGGGCAGUCUCUUAUUUAACAUCAAAGAUUCAAAGCCACCGAGGAUCCUAAGUGCAGGUACUAAACCUCUCGAGAAUAUUUAACUCAUCCGAGAUAAAAACACGUUUGGUAGAUCACACUGAACAUUUGCCGUUAACUAGUAAGUUUAGAUAAUGCCCGGGGCAGUCUCUGUGGAAUUUCUCUGAGUUUGCGGCCUCUGACUUUUUCCCCAAUUGAGGCAAAAUGUGCUUCGUAGUUUCUCAACAUUUUUUUCUUGCUUUAUAAAAGAAAAAAGCCCAUUUCAAGGAUUA